ACGCCAAUCCUCACAUCACGCGAUACAAUAGCCAUCAUGCCAGAAACAUCCAUUUCCCCACCGGCCGUCACACGCCCAAGCAAACCCGUUUCGGAAGCUCUUUUGAACGAGAAGUGGGACCACUGCCUUUCCUCGAUGCUCAUACGAUCCUCCGUCGGACUCGGAUUUGGUGUUGUCGCCUCAGUAUUGAUAUUCAAGCGAAGAGCAUGGCCUGCAUUUGUCGGUGUUGGAUUCGGUGCUGGAAGAGCUUACGAGGAGUGCAACACCUCAUUUAGAAGGGUAGGAAAGGACGGUAUUAGAGUACAGAGACCUUGAGUGGAUAAUGGCUCUAUUGGGGGAGUGGGGUGGUCUUGGAGUACAUAGACGUGGAUGGGAAGCUUGAACACUUUGGAGUGUGUAUGAUUAUAUGAAGUGAAGACAGUGCUUCAAAUAAUUCUGGGCUGGCUCACUUCUCUGAAAUGUAGCACAAAUGUUCAAUUGGCUUGUGAAAUUGGUCUCGCGUGAUUAUAGUUGUUUAUCCAAAGCA